AAUGCCACAAACUGGGCCUAACUCUUAACAACUCCCAUCCCCUUCUUUCAGUAAUAUAAAGCAAACCCAUUCUCCAACUUCUUCUUCAGAGCCUCCUUUGUUUUCUAUCUCAUCCAAAUCAUGGCAUUCUCUAGUGCUUUGGUUUUGGGCUCACUGAUAGCAAUCAACAUGGCCCUGCCAACCCUUGCAACCGUCUACACCGUGGGAGAUACUUCAGGUUGGGCAAUUGGUGCUGAUUAUAGCACAUGGACUGGUGACAAAACCUUUGCAGUGGGUGAUAGUCUCGUGUUCAAUUAUGGAGCUGGGCACACAGUGGAUGAAGUUAAGGAGAGUGACUACAAAUCAUGCACAACAGGGAACUCAAUUAGUACAGACAGCAGUGGUGCCACCACCAUUGCCCUUAAGACUGCAGGAACACAUUACUUCAUAUGUUCUGUUCCUGGACACUGCUCUGGUGGCAUGAAACUUGCUGUCACUGUGAAAGCAGGAAAAGCCACUGCUCCUUCAACCGGGAAGGCUUCACCUUCUGAUAGCACCGCCACACCCACCACCACUACUUCCACCACUGCGGCUAAAUCAAAUUCUUCUUCAGCUUCUAGUCUCUCACCCAUUGUUGCCAUGUUGAUUGUUUCGUGGAUCUCUUACUGUGUUUUGCGUCUGGUUUAAGUUUGUCCACUCAGCCAGGACAGAGGCAGUGCUUUCUUUCCUUAUAUUAUUAUUAUUAUCACUCUGUUUUUUUGUUUGAUUUAUUCAGAUUUAUCUAUGAGUACUAAUCCAGGUCUUGUAGUAUUAGUUAUCUAGGAAAUCUCUAAUGUUUGUCUUUCAUUCUUUUUUUUUAAUAUAUAGAGUACCCAACUUUAUAUAUGCUUUUUUUUUUAAUGCAUAAUGAUUUAUGGUGAA